AGAAGGCACCCGUUCGCGGCAACUUGGCAACGGUCAAGAGAUCUUUUCGAUACUCCUCGCUUACCAAGCUCGUCAUAAAAUCCACCAAGAGGAUAGAAUUCAAUCAAAUCAAUCAGCAACAACAACAAAAACAACAAAACAACCGAGUAAACGUAAUAGUCAACAUGCCCUCCAAGCUCUACGACUUUGUCUUUGACAAUGCCCAUCAGAAGGAUGCCGGGGAGGCAGAGAAGUCUCUCCGCCAAAAGUAUCCUCUCUUGCUAGGCGAAAACGAAAAAAUCUUGCUGGCAUUCAAGGAUCGAGGUGGGAUGGGCCGAGACUCCAAUUUCUUUACCACUCACCGUAUCCUCCAAAAAGAUGGCAAGGGCAUUGGCAGCAAACGCAAAAACUACAGGAGCAUUCCUUGGUGGUCCAUUGAAGCAUUCACCACAGAAACCGCAGGAAAAUUUGAUGGCGAUGUCUCGGUGCGCAUCUACAGCAAAGGCAUUGAAUUUGCCGAAAUUGACUUGGCGGCAGAUAAGGUCGAUAUCUAUGAAAUCCAGCAGUUCUUGAAUCAGAAACUCUUGUCUGUCAGACGAGAAGGAACCCAAGAUGUAGUUGACACGACACCUCCCAAUAUGGACCAGAAACAGUCCACCGCCGGAAGUAUCAUGGAUUGGUUUGGCGAUAAUGCCAUGCAGGUGGAUGCGAAGACUGUGGAGCAUACGUUCAAGACAGAAAUGCCUGUUUUGUUAGGUCACGAGACAGUCCAAACUGCCUUCAAAUCAGGACGAGACUUUACGGUCUUGACCGAUAUGCGUGUCUUGAGAGUGGAUGUUCAGGGUAUCUACGGCAAAAAGAUUGGAUUUUUCUCUGUGCGAUGGGAAUCCAUCAAGGCAUACUCGGUGCAAAGUGCGGGAGCAUUUUUGGACCGGGAUAUGGAGUUAUGCCUCUACACCAAUUUGAAAGGUGUAGGACGCAUUGAGCAAGAUCUUCGUCAUGGCAAAGCAGACCUCUUUGUCUUGCAAAAGAUUCUCUGCAAUCACAUUCUAGGAGAAGACACGGCUCCCAUGGAAGGACUCAACACCCACGAAGGAGAAGUCGAUGAGAAGGGUUUCUGGUGGUUCCGUGACAACCAGAGGCCUCUGGAUACAGUUGAAAUGAACAAGGUCUAUCAUUCAUCUCCGUCUAUUUUGCGAGGCAAUGAAACCAUUGAAAUGGCAUUCAAGGGGCAUCGUGACAUCACAUUAUUCACCAAUCUUCGUGUAAUUAUGAUCGAUCCAAAAGGCUUGGUGGGCAAGAAGAUUGAAUAUACCUCUUUUCCUUGGACUUCCAUCACUGCUCAUGGAGUUCGUACCGCGGGCAAAUGGCUUGAUUAUGAUAGUGAAGUUAUGUUCUGGACAGAGAUGGACUUCUAUCCUGGAAAGGCUGGGGGUGGAGAAGAUGACCCCCCGGAGCCACCACGUCCAGAACAGUCCUUUUUCGAAAUCGACUUCAACAAAAACAAGGUUGAUAUGAACGCUCUCAACUACUAUCUGUCUCAUCGACUUGUCACAUCCAGGAUGCAAAUGGAGCAAGGAGCUCCCAUUCCCAUGGAUGGCAUGACACAGCAUUUUGACAAGCCAGGAUUCGGCUUUGAAGGUUUGCUGCAAGUUGUGGGAGGGGACCAGAGAGAGAUUGAUCCCAAAGCCAUUGACCAUGAGCUCCAUACAUCCACAAGGGUGCUGCUAGAUGAUGAACACGUCCUGAUGGCUUUCAAGGCUGGUCGGGACACCUCAGUUUUCACCAAUCAUCGUGUUCUCCUCAUUGAUGUGCAAGGACUCACUGGCAAGAAGGUUGAGUAUAGAAGCAUCCCGUUCAAGAGCAUUCGUGCUUGGUCGUGUGAGACGGCUGGCGUAUGGGACAGUGAUACAGAGCUAAACCUGUACACACGCAACCGCUGGGACUUGGCAAAGAUUGACAUGGACUUCAGGACAGGCAAAGCCGACAUAGCCCAAAUCAACAGGUUCUUGUCUGCUCUCAUAAUUGGGUUGCCCACUGAUUCCAAGGUUGACUUUGGAGCCCAUAAUGUCUCAAGUGGUGAGCGAGAAGCCAACCCCAUCCAGGGGUCGAGCAUGGGUCUUCUUAAUAACAGCUGGGAGAUUGAUGCUGCAGAGAUUGACAAAAAGCUCCGCAGUGAUCCCUUGCUCCUUCUUGAUGAAGAAAAGGUGCUCCGAGCAUUCCAGAGUGGUCGAGAUGUUGAUGCCUACACAAACAGGAGGCUGAUUCAGAUUGACACUAAGGGAUUGUCUGGCAAGAGGGUCAAAUACAAGUCAAUUCCUUUCCACCAAGUUUAUGGCUAUGAGUUCGAAACUGCUGGAAAUCUUGAUCGUGAUGCUGAGAUCUAUCUGUGGACUGAGCUAUCCAAAGUGAAACAGGAGAGGUUCCCUCGGCGUGUAGAGUGUCUUAAAACCAAGCAAAGCUUGCUUGUUUCCAAGAUUGACAUCUAUGAAAUUGGGAAGUUCUUCAAUGAUCAUGUUUUGUUUGCCAAGGAGAAGUACACAGAGGAACCAGAGGUGGUGUUGUACGGUUAGUUGGUCAAUGGCACUCAAGGAAGCCAGAAGCAAGAGUGGCAGUGAAUCCUUUCUGAAAUAUUUUUAAAAUAGGAUGGAUUAGAUGCGCC